GAGGAACGUAGCACGUAUAGUUACUCACACACACUGCGAACAUCGAACACGCAUAGAUAUGUUGAUCGCUAGAUUUUUAUCCAGCAUUCUAGCGGCUGUGUCGGUCGUAUCUGCCGCGGAAUCUCUUGGUAAAUACGGAGCGGACAUGGUCUCCACAUCCGGCUUCGCUUCCGGAGCGCGCAUGGCAGUGCAGUAUCACGUGACUCAGUCCGCCAUCGUCAUGGGCGUCGGCGCCAUCGCCGGCGGACCUUUCUUCUGCGCCGAGAACAGAUUGGAUAUAGCGGAAAUCUGCAUGACGAAACCGGAUCAGAUUUACGAGGGGUGGCUCUUUCAUCUCACGUCGUUCUUCGAAGACACCACGGUGAUCGAUGCUACAGUUAACAUGCAGGACGACAGAGUGUGGCUGUUCAGCGGCACUGCCGACACGGUCGUUCAUCCAGGCGUGUCGGCAAAGACGGAAGCCUACUACCGGAAGUACGUCAACGACAGCAAUAUCAAGGCAGUGUUUGACAUGACCGCCGGACAUACUUUUCCUACAGAGAACUACGGAAUCGCCUGCAAGCUAUCCGUGGCGCCAUCUAUAGGCAGUUGUGGUUAUUAUGCGGCGUUCGAGCUUCUGAACCAUAUAUACGGAAAUCUUCAGAGGCCAAAUGAAGACACAGAGCUUCAUGGAAACUUUAUCGAAUUCAACCAAAGCGAAUACUUUCGCGUGUCGCCACCUGCCGCCUACGCAAUGGACACCACAGGAUAUGCUUACGUUCCAUCUGCUUGUAAAAAUAAUAAAGGUUGUAAGCUGCAUGUUGUAUUUCACGGAGAAUCACAGCGAAGGGAGAAGAUAGGAGACGCGUUCGCACGCAACGCGGGAUACAACGAGGUCGCAGAACUUAACAACAUCAUCGUUGUUUACCCGCAAACCGUCGCCACGCCCCUGAACCCCGACGGUGACUGGGACUGGUGGGGCUACAACGGAAAGCUGAGCGUGACGAAACUAGGCAUGCAAAUUGGCGCCAUUCGGAGGAUGGUUAAGCGAGCUCUUUCAACCUGACAACAACAACAACAACAACAACAACAACAACAACAACAACAACAACAACAACAACAACAACAACUCUGAAAUAUAGAUUGUCACGACCUUAAAUCUUUUUUUUAAUAAAGUUGUUUCUAAUUAGAGUUAA